AUGGCUUUCCAAAUGAUUGAAACGAUCAGCCCUGAUUCAUGGAAACUUCUCCUAGGUCUCUUUGCUCUUUGUUCUGCCGCCUACACUUUUCGCUCAGUUAUCAUCUACACGACGAGGAAGGCUUCGGUGUUGGGCUCGAAGUCAAACAAAUCGAAACAUGACAAGUCUGUUGAGAAGCAUGAACCCUACAAGAUGCCUAUUCCAUGUCCGUAUCCCAACUGGUCAAUUGAAACGACAAAACCACUUCCCUAUAGGGCUUUUCGAUACGGUCCCAAGUAUCAUGUAACAAUGGGACUUCGUUCAGUUCAGCCCGAUGAAUGGAUAGAACUCGAUAACCAUUUCCCUAAAUAUCACCAAGACAAGGUUGCUCGGAUACAAGACAGACGUGAAAAGUGCGUCGACACCCAUCCCGAUGCAUACCCUGCUGCGAUGGAGCUCUUGGAAGAACUGGUUCAGUAUUUACCCAAUCGAUAUCCCACCAUGUUCAAGCGCACUUCAGUAGGCAUCGACAACCUCUGGUCCGGCGAAUCCUUCAACAUUGUGGAGAAGCCCCUCGUCGAAGAUCCCAUGGCGAUCGCAGCCAAGCUGGUGCAGGACGACCUGGCGAUAAUGAUGGAGCGAGCUGACGGCAAAUACUACCUACUUGCUGGAGCUAUUCUCUUGGCUGGCUUCUGGAGUCUUGGAGACAAAUACGGCAUGUCCCUUGAAGAAAUUCAUACCUCUGGAAGUGUACCUCAUUACGAACAGAAGCUACAUAACGGCAUGGCCAGCUUUUUCAAGCGUCUUCGCUGCGACCAAAUCUACUCACGAAACAACUACUUCAUUCAAGUUGACGAUUCGCUUCCUUGGAGCUGGAGCAUUGGCAACGAGGACGACCCUGUCGUAAGCUGGAGCACUGCCGAGAAAGACAAAGCCAUCGAAAACCACUACUUCCGUUCUGAAAGACAGUCUCUCCGUCGGCUACCCAAGACUCGUGCUGUCGUUUUUACUAUCAGAACCUACUUCCACCCAAUUACCGAGCUGGCUACGGAAGACUACGUCCCCGGCAGACUUGCGAGCGCGAUUCGGAGCUGGGAUGACACAGUCGCCAACUACAAAGGCAGAGAGAAAUAUGAGAAGGUGCUGCUCGAGUACCUUGAUAACGAGCACCAGAAACAGCUGGAUAGGGGUUUAGACCUUGAGAAGGAGGAAGAGGUCCACAAAUACCCCUGGUGA